AGAAUGCGAAGAUUAUUUGGUGGAAAGAAGGAGCCUGGUCCCCCUCCUCCGAGCUUGACAGAUGCGACGGAUACAGUGAACAAGCGGACUGGAGUGCUGGAAGAAAAGAUCAGAGGUUUGGACAAACAGCUUCUAACGCUCAAGACUCAAAUCAAAGCAACUCGACCUGGCCCUGCACAAAAUCGGAUAAAACAGAGAGCGCUGCAGAUAUUGAAGCAAAAACGGAUGAUCGAGCAACAAAGAGAUCAGCUAGAAGGCAUGGCAUGGAACAUGGAACAAGCUUCGUUUGCGCAUGAGAACAUCAAGACAGCCAUCAACACAUCUCAGGCUAUGAAAGGCGGCACAGCAGCUCUCAAGGCCGAGAUGAAGAAUGUGUCCAUCGACGACAUUGAAGACAACCUGGACGACAUGGCGGACCUUCUCGACAUGACCAACGAGAUCCAAGAGGCGAUGGCGAGAAGCUACGGAGUAUCGGACGACAUCGACGAGGCCGAUCUCGACGACGAGCUCGCGGCCAUUGACGAGCAGCUGGCGCUGGACGAUGAGCUCGGCGAGUCGGAAACUCCCGCGUACCUUCAGGAUGAAGUCGCAGCGCCGGAGGCUCCGCAGCCAGCAAGGCCGAUAUCCUCUAACGAGCAGGUUGACGAGUUUGGCCUUCCCAUGGUGGCGAACUAGUCGCCAUGCGCUGAUGCUUGUUUGUAAUAUUUCAAGUGAUAAAUCCUCCUCCCCCCCC